CCCUCCCUUGGGAAAAGGAGGCAUCUUCAGGCCAGACAGGUAUGGGAGGCCCAGGGUGGGCACCUCAGGGGAAGGAUCCCUGCCCGUGGCAGGAGACCUGUUAGAGAGCCAGGAGUUGUCAGGCAGUUGCCUAGGGAAAGUGAGGCCCCAGUGCCCACCAGCACCUCCCUGCCCCCUUCCCUAGAGUCCAAGCGAUGGCAACACGGGAUGGACAGAACAGGGUGCCUACCCAGCUUUGGCCAGGAGGGGGCGAGGUGAGCUGGCUAGAGGGCUUGCCAGCAUCCAUGGCCACCUCCAUUGUCAGGCUCAAAGCCCCCAGCCCAGAUCCUCACCUUCAGCUUGACCCACGCCAGGGACCUGGCUGGGGUCUGGCGUCAAGUUCCUCCCCUCGGGGGGGUCCCUGAGUCCAAAGACAAGGUCAGACACAGGGAUGCUGAAUCAGAAGGCCCCCUGGGGAAGGUGGCUAGAGGGACAGAAGUACCAGCAAGAGCAAAGGGGCAGAGGCAGGAGAGAGAGGGAAUAGGAAAUGCCAAGACCCCAGGCCUGGCAGUUACCUCAUGCAGCUUCUGUGUGUGGCACCUGUGAGGUGGACAGCAUUUGCGCCAGGUUAUUGGCAGUCAGAGAGGUUGCAAGCCCACCCAAGGUCACACAGCUGGGAUUGAGCCCCUGGAACUCGGACCCCAGCAUGCCUGUUGCCAGCACCUUCACUAUUCCUCUGGCCCUACCCUGCCUCUGGAGACAUUGGAACUUCAGUACAUCUGCAGGCUGCAACAUUAUCUUGGACUCCUCCAGUGAUGGGGAGCUCACUACUUAUGAAGGCACUCAAAGACCAGGACCUAAUUGCAGAACUUUAUCCUCUUAAAGAGUUCCCUGGAUGGGGGUGGGGUGGGGAUGGGAGUUCUCUGCCUACUUGCACUCCUCUACCUGCUCCUGGCUCUGUUGGGCUGGCCUCUAUAGAAUUCCUGAGCCCAGAGGGGACCCUGAGAUAGGUUUCUGUCCAGAUAGAGGUGGGGUGUGGAGAGGGCCGCACCCUUUCCUCUGCUCAGCUCAGAUCCCUUCUUCUCUAGGCGCACUCUCGAAGCCCACCCUCCUACAUGACCCUCCUGGUGCAGGUGCAGGGAUUAUCACAGCUAUUCUGAUGGUGUGGGUCCCAGGAGGGAACUUACACACCCUCCAUGCCCAUUUUCUUGCAGCUCUGCCCCUUGUCCUGGGCCUGGGCUGGAGUCUGGGGGUAGCCAAGUCAUGUGGUAAGCCUGUGGUUGGCAGAGGGGUGGGCUCACCCAGAGCCACACAGCGGUCAAGGGGCAGUGUGAGGAACCCCAUAGCCCAGUUCCACACAUGUGAGAGGGCUGGCUCUGGGGUCUCUCUCACCUUCGGACCCUUUGAGCAUACCUGCUCCUGCCUCAGUUUCCCCAUCUCAUGCAGGCCCCUCCCUUCCCUGCAUCCUCACUAUGGCCCCCUCACUCUGGCCCAGCUCACAGGGACAGGCCAGGACCAUUCCCCACCCAGGGCCUUUCUCCCUUUGCCUGGGGCACUGUCUGAGAAUGAGCAGUUCCUGCACGCUCACCUCAGCUCUCCUGGGCACCAUGGUCCUCCCUGGAAGGCCAGCUCCACUGGGCAAGGAUGUUUCUCACCUGGUUCUCGUCCUCACUCCAUGCCUGGGCAGACAACAGGUGAGGUGACAUUCCCAAACAGCAGUAUGUGCUGGACCUAUGACGUCAGCAACAGAAACCUCAAGACAUUUUCAUGUCGUGUCAUAGAUGUUGCAGGAACCAUGAAAUCUUGUUUCUGUUCCCUGCUCAACUGAAAUUACAGAGAUUGUCAGCCUGCAGCCAGCCUUUUCAUCUCUGGUGCUGGUGACAAUGCUGCAUAUCGUGCCCCAUUCUGCACAACGCUUCAUUUCCAUGUCUUCUGGCUUUAUGGAGGUGAACGCAGUUAGAAGGACAUACUGGAGGUGUGUGGUCUGGAAAGUUCUAACCACACUUAGUACGUCUUGGAAGCCAUCACCCUUGUCAAGGUAUCAGGCAGCUCAGCUGUGCCCAGGGUCCUGUCCCGGGGCCUUCGCACUGACUGCUCCCUUCCAG